AUGGCUGGAAAAUUUGCAGCAAAAUUUGUAAUUUUAAUCAUUCUAUCGGUGACUGUAGAAAUUAUACCGAUACAAUUACAGGAAGGCGAGGAAUUAAAAGAAAAUAACGUUGAAGGAUCGCAUUUGAAUCAGUGCUUAAGUGCUUCUGGGCGUUCAGAAAUAGGUGUAUGCUUUGGAAAGGAAUUGUUAAAUCAAUUGAACGAUUAUGACGAAACGGAAACUUUUAGUUUGGCAACUGGCGUGUCUUUUGUUAGAGAUGAUAAGACACCUAGGAACUUCGGCAACUUCCUGGACAAAGAUCCUAUGGAUUUCCGGUCUAUAAUGGAAGAUGCUAGUAACUUAAUCUCAAAACGCUCCUUACAUUGGGAUCUUGGAACAUUUUAUCCUGGAUUAGUCAUGAGAAUAGGCCCUACUCUAGCCAAUGGUGUUUUAGAAUUUGUUAUUGAUCCUAGAAUAAAAGACAGAACAUAUCAUCAACAAGGAGAAGUAACUACUGGUCGCUUAUUGGCUAGAAACUUAUUAGUACCAUUUUUAUUGGGUCUUAAGUUCCAUAUUACUACACUCCUGCCUUUGCUACUUGGUCUCCUAUUGCUGGCAAGCAAAAAAGCAUUUCUUCUGGCAAAAUUAGCCCUUUUAGCUGUUACGUUGUUUAGUGGAGGAUCAGCGUGGGGUGGUGCACCUUCUUACUUCAACAGUUUUGGAAGCCCUAGUCUAUCUUCAUACACUUCACAUGAAAACCUUGGUCAAUACCAAGGUCACCACAGCUCUGGAGGAUACUACCGUGAUAACAGACAUCUUCACCCUAGCGAUUACUUUUAUAAAGAGAAAGUAGCUGAACCAUCCACUGCUUCUCCUAUCACACCAGACGAACUAAGAGAUAGACUGGAGAGACUAUUCAUAACCAAGAAAGAGGAUCAAAGAGAAGACACUAAAAUACGAAACGCAAGAAACUUCGCUUGGACACCUAUCAAUGUAUAA